AUGAGGUGCAAAGAUGUGGCAAGAGAACAGGGAGAAAUGGGUGGGAGAUCAAUCUCGACAAAGACAAAAAACUACAAAGGAUCAGAUUAUAAGACAAUCUUGAAAAUUUCUUGCAGCUGGUCCACUACAUAUGAAGAUCUUCUCUCAACUCAUGAACCUUUCUCUGAGUCGAUUCCUUUACCCGAGAUGGUGGACUUUCUGGUCGAUAUUUGGUAUGACGAAGGCCUUUACGAUUAG